AAGAGAACAGAACCAUUGGCAUUCUAUUAUGCGUGAUACCUGCAUAUAAUCCACUUUAUGCAAACAGAGCGAUAUUCGUAUUUUAUCGAAAUUUUUCACUGGCCAAUCGAAACUUUGCGUUGUGAGGCAACUACUUAAUCCUAUUUUCUAACCGGUGCAUUAUUAUCGCGAAUAAAUAAAAAUUCCAUUUGGAGGUUAAUUGUCAUUUUUUGGUUCGUCGAUCAUUAAUAUUAUUGUCAAACGACCAUGUUCGAAGAAACGUGAAACCAUCAAAUUCUAGUUCAUCUAUUUAAUCCAUUUCCCAUCAACUCAUCAACAUCUAACGUUACAACCAUUAUCGCAUAGAAACACAACAUGGAAGUGGGUUGCAACAAGUUCCAAGGAUGCAAAGGCACCGAUUGCACCGGGAUAAAUUGCUGCUGCUGGUGUCCCCAACCGCCCAAGAACAAAUCCAACGAGACGCAAACGGUGCCGCAGUCCAAAUCCUGCAACAAGCUGCAAGGCUGCCCGGGCGUCUGUUGCACCGGCGAGGGUUGCUCCUGCUGGGGCGCCGCGCCGCCCCCGCCGCCGCCCAAAACCAACGACAACGGCGACAAAAAGUGCGCGCCGCAAUGUCCCGGCUUCGCCGCCCCCACGCCCGAGCCGCCCUCCUGCCGGCCCUGCUGUCCCGGCAUGCAAUCGCAGGAGAAGGACGAGCCGAAAUGCGCGCCCGGUUGUCCGGGUUUGCCCAAACCGCCGCCCGAAUGUUCGCCCGAUUGCGGCAAACCGAAAGGUUGCAAUAAAUUAGAAGGUUGCCCGGGCGCCUGUUGCACCGGCGAGAAUUGCAAGUGCUGGGGACCGCCGCCGCCAAAACCUCCACCACCACCGCCGCCGCCGGCUUGUAAUUGCAAACAACCGCCGCCUUGUUGCCCGCCAUCGUGCAAACCGCCCCAACCGACUUGCCCGCCUACUUGCCCUUCUUACAAACGAUUACAACAACAACAACAAGGUUGUCCUUGUAAACAACCACCACCACCGCCGCCACCGAGUUGUCCGCCAUCUUGUAAACCGCCUCAACAACAACAACAACAGAGCUGCCCGCCUACUUGCCCAUCGUUCAAGCAACUCCAAUCGUGCCCGCCUUCGUGCAAACCGCCGCGCCAACCGCAGGAAUCGUCGCAGCAAACGUGCCCGUCGACGUGCCCGUCGAUGCAGAUGCUCAAGCAACUCCAACAGCAAAUGUGCCCGUCGAGCUGCAAGCCGCCCACGCAGCGCGAAUCGACCGGCUGUUCGCCGCUUUGCAAACCGCCGCCGCCGCCCCAACAGACCAACUCCGGCUGUUCGCCGUUCUGCAAACCGCCUCCUCCUCAACCCGCGAACGGUUACGGCACAAACGGCGGCGGCGGCGGCGGCGCCGGGGGCGGUUGCUCGCCGGAUUGCAAGCCGCCCGCGGCGCCUUCGAAUCAAAUCUACCAGGAGGAGGGCUGCCCGCCCACGUGUAAUUACUUCCAGAAACAGGCCGCCCCGCAGGCGGUGUACUAUUGCAGCAGGGAAUGCCAGAAUAAUCAUUGACAAUGCGCCGUCGCCUCGCUAUACAUAAUCUUGUUGCUGAAUUAUAGCAUGAACUAAGGCCUUUGAGUGGUUUUUUUUUUCGUAGUCUCCACUGUUGCGGUUUAUCAACAAUUCUUCGCCUUCUUUCGGAGUUAUUG